AGCGGUGACCACGCCUGAGGCUGUGGCUUCCUCUGCCUCCAUCAGAGGGGAGGGGCCCGUUCCCCUCCUUGCACCCAGACGGGGCCGGUGGCUGAGCUGAGAACCCAGCUCCCACCCCAGAGCGACCACCUCAGCAUGGUGCUAACUCUCCUUCUGCCUCUGCUGGCCUCUCUCCAGAUGCUCCCCAGGCCGGCGUCCCCCGCAGAUCUCUCGCCAGCCCCCAAACUCUUGCAGGAGUACUGGUACACAGUGUAUCUCUCAGGGGAGCAGGUUAACCUUACAUGCUCGGCUCCUGAGCGUGAGGAGGUUUCAGGAUACAGAUUCUUCUAUCACAAAGGGCAGCAGGACCCCAGCAUAGUCCUCAACCCUAAUGCUGGAGCCCGGCUGGAGUUUACAGCAGAGAAGGGAAAUGCUGGGUUAUACAGCUGUGCAUACUGGAGAUUGGAAUCCAACCAAGAGAUCUUGUCUAGGAACAGUAGCUCCGUCAGUACCUCCGUCACCAGGGUCCCAGCCCCCCUGCCGGCUCCCCAGCUCACCGUGUCCCCGAAUCAGCCUGUCUACGUAACGGGAGAAACUGUGACCCUGACGUGCUCAGCUGACUGGGCGUCCACUGUGUCCGGGAUCCGGUUCUUCAGAGACGGCCAGGAAAUCCACUCCAAGGAACUCUCCCCACCUUGGUACAGUUACACUGAGUUCAUUCCACUGUCGGAGGUGUCUAUAUCACAAGCCGGAACGUACACCUGUGAAUCCUGGAAGACAGUGUCUGGGCGAGAGAUCCCAUCGGAGAGGAGCCGACCCAUCUCCAUAACAAUGACAGCCCCCCUGUCAGCUCCCCAGCUCACCGUGUCCCCGAAGCAGCCUGUCUACGUAACGGGAGAAACUGUGACCCUGACGUGCUCAGCUGACGGGGCGUCCACUGUGUCCGGGAUCCGGUUCUUCAGAGACGGCCAGGAAAUCCACUCCAAGGAACUCUCCCCACCUUGGUACAGUUACACUGAGUUCAUUCCACUGUCGGAGGUGUCUAUAUCACAAGCCGGAACGUACACCUGUGAAUCCUGGAAGACAGUGUCUGGGCGAGAGAUCCCAUCGGAGAGGAGCCGACCCAUCUCCAUAGCAGUGACGGCCCCCCUGCCUGCUCCCCAGCUCACCGUGUCCCCGAAGCAGCCUGUCUACGUAACGGGAGAAACUGUGACCCUGACGUGCUCAGCUGACAGAGCAUCCAAUGUGUCCGGGAUCCGGUUCUUCAGAGACGGCCUGAAAAUCCACUCCAAGGAUCUCCCCCCACCUUGGUACAGUUACACUGAGUCCAUUCCACUGUCGGAGGUGUCUAGAUCACAAGCCAGAACGUACACCUGUGAAUCCUGGAAGACAGUGUCUGGGCGAGAGAUCCCAUCAGAGAGGAGCCGACCCAUCUCCAUAACAGUGACAGAUCACCCUCCCCUGCCUUCGCUGAGCAUGGAUCCUCCAUCCGGAGUGGUGAGCGAAGGGUUCCCCCUGCUUGUCACCUGCAUGGCCCCCAGGGAUGCUAAUCAGCGGAGGUUUCACUUCUACAAGGACAGUGUCAAGCUCGUUCCUGGGGAUGCAGGGUCUGAGAUCAGCACCACAGAGCCCAGCACCAGCUCUAUGAACAUCUCUGUGCUCAGCAUCCUGCAGGCCAGUCCCAACAACAUUGGGGAAUUCACCUGCGAAUAUGAGGAGAACGUGAGUGGGAGGUGGAUCCCAUCCCACAGGAGCCACGCUCUGAAUGUCACUGUGACAGCCUCACACUAUACCCGUGAUAUUCUGCUGAGAAUUGGUGGUGUCUUACUUCUGACUGGAGCCCUGGCUGCUCUGCUCUGCUAUUGCCAUAGGAAGAAAAGAGUUCCAAAGCCUCUGAAAAGCACCAAGGGAUCUGAGCCUGGAGAACACACCAGGAACCUGGAUCCUGGUCGUGAUAAUGAGGGAUCAAAAGCCACGUGUGCCGGAGCAGAGCAGAUGGAACAGGGCUCAGAAGUCACCUACGCACUCAUGGUAUUCCCGGCCUCACAGGCCCACGCAACCCAGACGACAAAAAAUCUAAAACCCGCUGAAGAUGAGCAUGUGCUGUACAGCGAGAUAGUGACAACACACACCUGGAAGGCAACUAAAUAAGGAGGGGAAGCUCUCUAUACGUCUCUCUGCAUGUUCCCCCCUCCUCCAGGCGUCCAUAUCCUUAACCCUUUAUACCCCAAGAGCCCUUUUAUGCCACUUGGCAAUGGGCACACCCAAAGCACCGCAGACAGAAUAUUUAGCCAACCGGCAUCUUGUCAGGUAUCGUAUAAAAACUAGUAACCCAUUGGUCAUGAACACCACUGCGUGAUGUAUGCACGGAUUGUGUAGAAAGUGUUAUGUUUGUAUGCUGGAAAUAUGUUAUGGAGGUAGUUGAUAAAGAAACCAGCCCUAGACAAAGGAAAGUGGAUUCAUGCAUCUGCGUGAAUCAGGCUAACUGGCAGAUAAGAAAAACAGCCUGGCUUGUGUGCUGCUGGCCGGUCUGAUGCCCACUCUUGCCCAGGCUGCAGGUAUUAGCUGAGAACUUACAACCUCAUAACUGGAGACCAGACCAGGUCACCUGUGUGUUAGAUUUGCUCUAAAUAGGUAUUAGUCUUCUAAGAAUGUCUUUAGUGUUUAGACUCUACGAAAUGCUUGUAUGUUGCUGCCUGCAUUAACCUCACGGAUAGAGUCCAUAUCCCAUGGUGUAAGGUGAUAGUUAAGUGUUUGCUCUGAAACUGUAAACGCCCACAGUCUGGAGAGAAACAUGAACAAGUGUGAAAUACAAGUUUUCCACAAGAGGUGUUAUUUCCUGCCCAGCAAAAGAAAGCCCAUAGAUACCAGACAAGCCAUUGUGUAACGUCAGAGGACAAAACGCUUUGUUGAUUGCAUCCCCCCACCCAUAUAGAGGAGACGUGGAUGGGAACUUCUCCCCUGCUCUUGAAAUCUGGGGGAAGGAAAUAAAAAUCCCUGACAAGAAGAAAUUGCAUCUUUUUGGCUGUCUGAACUCAGAAAGGCCAGAGACUCUGAACUGAAGCCAGAGAUCCCCAGGGGCUGCCUCCUACAUCUACCCUGAAAGACCCUUUGAAUUGACAGAUCACUACAAAUCUGUCACUUUUCAGAUUUACGUGGUAGCUCAUUGGCGUGUCUCUAAUUGAUUGCUUUUACCUGCAGAUAACUCUCGUAUUCCUUUUUCCUAGUUAAUAAACCUUUAUAAUAGGA